UUAAAAUACGGCAAAAAGAAUCGAGAUUUCAAGCAGAGAAAAACUUAAAUUUAACACUUUAAUUUUUAUAAUUAAUGAAAAUCUUUGUGCAAAAAAGAUAAUUCUAGUAAACGAGAUAAAAUUUCUACAAAUAUUUUAAAAAAAUACAAGAAGAAUGUAUAAUAAAAUCCGUUUGAAAAAUUGUGUCUGCUGUAUGUGAUCUAUGAAGAAUUAAAAAAAAUGAUGAAUUGGGGAAAAGCAAAAUCAGUGAAUGGUGGAGCAGCAGCAUAUGAAGUGGAUGGAAAAACUAAGAAGUGAAAUUAAAUACACACACAAAAUGUUAGAAAAUUGUUGAAUGAAUACAAGUGGAAAACAAAUAGCAAUGACAAUUGUGUGCAGCAACAAGUUAAUGAUUAGUUCUAACGGGAUUUUUAGUGAAAAUUAACAUUAAGAAUAUCGAUCGGUAACCUAUACAGCUACGUAAAUAUACAUAGGUGGAUGUGCGUAUGAGGAGGAGAGAGUGUGUGCGUAAAAGAAAAGAAGAAAAAAAAAAAUGAUCGAUUCUCCACAACAUUCGUAAGCUGUAGCUUUCUAUUAUUCUAUUUUGUUGUUCGUUACGUUUCCAUUUUAUGAGAAGAGUUUCUGUGUUAAUUAAUUUCAAUAUUUUAUUAAACUGAUACUUGUUUUGUUGUGCCGUCGUCGUCGUGUUUUUGUUUAGACCAUUUCAAACGGUUUCUCUUCUCGUUUUAUUUUGUAGUCGUUGUAUCUGUGUUAUUUCGUUUGGCGUAUAGUAUUUGUAUUUUUUUCGGACGGUUUGUCGGUCGGUUCGGUUGAUUGUGUCGUGUGAAUGCAUGCGUGUAUUUGCAACAGUCAGGUGAAGUGAAUGAAAAAAAGGGAACAACAACAACAAAACAGACGUCAUACAUUGCUUGUUUAUUGUCACCUGUCUCUGCUGUCAAUGUUCUUCGUCGAUUGUAAGGUGUUCUUCUUCUGUCAACGUUAACGUCGUCAACCUCAGCGUCGCCGGCGUAUUCAUUGUCGGUAGUUUUGUUUGUUCUUUUCUCCUGCUGCGACUUUUUACAGCCAAUAAACCUUACAAACAACAACAGCAACAACAACUGAUAUCAUAAACAAAAACAACACCACAUACUCUGAUCCAGCCACACAGCACACACGCAUGUUUUUCUCUUGGUUUUGAGAGUCAACCUUCAAUUGCUGUUUUUGUUGUAAUCAACCUGCUGAUUGUAUUUCGUCGUUACCGCUUUCGGACUUGCACACAACCCCAGUAACAGCAGCCGCAACAGUAACAACAUUGAACUAACGAACAACGAACUUCAAACAAGUCUUGUCUUCAUCAUGAAUUAAUGUGACAUUUUUAUGCUCCAUAUUUGCGUUAUAUCAGUAGUAGUUGUUGUUGUUUAAUUCGUACAAUUCAACUUCAUUCGACUCGACUUGGGGAAAAGGUAAAAUAUUUCCAAUUGUAAAACAGCGAAUGUACUGGACCACAUCAUAAGAGGUAGUGGGUUGCUGCUGGAAUUUAUUUGUGUGUGUGUCUCUUUUUGUGACGACUUUUUAAGCGGCUUAUUUCCUGACAUCGAAACAACAACAACCACACCGCUGCUGCUGUAACAGUUCCACAAAGUGGAGUUUUAAUUUCACGCAUUUAAUUGGAUUUUAGGAUUUUUUUUGUCGAGAAUUUAGAUUGUAUUUUUGUGGUGUUCUCUCUACUAUUGUACGUUCGUUCGUUUGUUCUUCAUUCAUUCUUUAUUUCAUCCAUCAUAAUUAAGAACGGCCACAGACUUGUUAAUUUGAAAGUAUCCAAGACACAAGGCAAAGAAAUGAUGUGAUGGCUAAAAUGGCUUCAGGGGAUCUUUCUUUAACAAGUACGAGCAGUCAAGAAGAAGAAGGUCCUGAAUAUGUUGAUUAUGAUCGGACACUGCGUCCUCCGUCGAAUUCUAGUGGCAGUACAACAGCUGGCAACAUGAAUAACAAUAGCGCCAACAACAAUGGCUCUGGCAGUGGCAGUGGUAACAAUUCCGGAUCUGGUAAUCCGAAAAAAUUCGAUGCUAUCAAAAUUCAAUAUGAUUCGGCGUUAAUGGAAUUGAAAACGUUGCGGCAUCAACAUGCCGAUACAGUGCGACGAUGUGAUAAUUUAGAAAAUCAAUUAGCCUUCUAUCAGGAACAAUACAAUGCAGCUAUGAAUCAAAUUAAAAGUUCCGAACGUAACAAACUUACGGAUGUAGUGGCUGAAAAUACCCGACUAAAGCAGCAAAAUUCGCUGUUGGAGCGGAAGCUAAUGCGUUUGGAAAAUGAGAGCAGUCAAAGUCCGUCGGAAAGAAAUGCCAAUUCCUAUUACUGUGAUUAUAAUGAACGGGGUGGAGGCGGAGGUCCGGGUGGUGGCAACGUCGGAGGGGUUGUUAAAUGUGAUGGCAAUUGUCCGGAAACAGAAAAGCUCAGCGAAGAAUUAAUAUUGAGUAAAGAACGCAACAACGAUUUGAUGAAGGAGAAGGAGAAAUACAAGAAAAGUUUCAAUGCUGUUCUCAUGGACUUGGAAAAGGAAAGGAAGUUCUACAGAGACUCAAGGGAUCAGUUCAAUAUGCAAAGGGAACAAUUUCAAUUGCAAAGAGAAAUACUGGAGAAGGAAAAUCAAAAACUGAAAAGCCUAUUGGGUAGUGAAACGGAUAAAAACUUGUUGAUUCAAAUGCAAAAGAAUCGCAUAGAGGAAGAAUUGAAUCAGCUGCUUUCCGAGAAGGAUAACGUAUUGCAGGAGCAUCAGAAAAUGUCGGAUGAUUUGGCAGCAGCCAACAAAGAUAUAGAACAAUAUAAGAAAGAUGAAAUCAUGUACAAGAAUGAACUGAAGCUACUGCAACAAAAACGAGACUUGCUCAAGUCCCGUGAGAGUACAUGGUCAAAAGAGUUCUCGGAUAGUAAAGAUGAUUUCAAGGAAAUCGAGAAAUUACGCAAAAGUCUUGAGAAGGCCCAUGCCGAAGUGGAGCGGGCAGCCCAAGACACAGAGGAGGCGAAACGUGUACGAGAUUGGGCCAUAUCCCAGCGUGAGAAAAUUGUACAGGAGCGUGAUUCUGUAAAGACAUUAUGUGAUAAUUUGCGCAAAGAAAGAGAUAAGGCCAUAUCCGAUUUGCUCUCGGCCAUUAGAGACAGUGAGAAAAUCAAGAAGCAAAAAGAUGAAGCCCAACGUAAAAUCGAUGUUCUCAAAGAACAGUUGGAGCAAAACCAAAAUAAUGACUCUUCAUCUAGGCGCAGUUUCCGCAUGAGCACCUAUGAGGCUGAGGACAUUUUGGAAAUUGAUUUAACAAAUUAUCACGCGGAUUGUGACAUAGGUUUGAUUCUGGAUGACAGCAAUCAAAGGCAAUUGGUUUGUGGUGUCACCAAUGUAUCGCCGGCGUUUGGGAAAUUGAAAAUUAACGAUGUCAUAGUCAAGGUGAAUAACAUCGACUGUCAAAGUUUAACAAAACGCAUGUUGAUUGACGAAAUACGGGCAUCGGCGCCCAGGUGUACUUUAUUGGUUUCAAGGACACGACAAAGUAAACGUCACUUCUACACUGUUCACUUGAACCUCCAACAAAACCCUAAUCAUGGCCUCCACUUGGAUACGGGGGUUUUCAUAUCGAAAAUUGAACCAAAUUCUGUGGCUGCAUUUGAACCUGAGCUGGAGGCGGGUGAUCGCAUAUUGUCGAUUAAUAACAAAUCCAUGGAGGGUAUUCAAUCACUGGAAGAUGUCAUGGCUAUUUUGAAUGAUGAACGCAAUGAAUCGAUUGCCAUAUUUGCUUUGAAAAAUGUCCAAGAUUCAGGUGGCAGUUCGGAUUCGCAGAGGCGCAUGACAACUUCCGCGGCACAAACCGACUCCAUAGAUUCUAUGCAUCGUGUCACGGGCACAAAACAUCCAUCAAAAAUUGCCGAAAUGUUAAGCAAAUUUAAAGAGAAAAUACACAUCUCCAAACCUGGCUCCGAUGGUGGUGAUCAUUUUGCCCAGGAACAUGACGCCCUGGCCGCCUUGGAUUCAGUAUUAAGUGAGAACUCGUCGGAGAAAAGUAAAGAAAAUCUCUUUAAACGCAACAAAUCGAAGAAGAAGGAAAAGGAGGCGGCAGCCAAAAGUAUGGGCACUUGGCCUCGCACCAAUAUACUGCAAGCAUCACAAGAAAAUCCAACCGGAACUAUUGUACAUCGCGAGAAGAAACGUGCACCGCUGUCACUGUUCACGGCCGGUCCCAUCAAUGUGGAUAAAGAUGACGAGAGAGCGGAUUCCGAUGAAGCUCCUCCACCCCUACCACCCAUGCACAAUAAGCCUCAGGCCCAUAUACGCAAUGGUGUUGGAUCGAAUGUCAAACAUAAUCCCAAUCGGAACUCGAAUCCCAUACCCAGUUCAGUGCUUUUUCAAAGUCCAAACGGUGCAGGCGGCAAUGGUGGCAACGGCGGCAACUAUGCCGCUAAUAACUAUAUGAGGCACUCAGUUUAUGCCACCCCAACGAGCAUGGAAUCGGAACCCCUGAUAAUGGAACAGUCGAAACCAUUGCAGAGACCAAAUCCUGUAAUGGGCAGUGCUGUGAUGCCCAAUAUGAGACCCAAGCAGACUGAUAAAUAUGGCAAUCCUAGACUGCAAAAUCACAAUUAUCAGAAUCGUUAUUCCUUGAAUAUAACACCGACGGAAUUGUAUAAAACCACCGGACAACAGGCCCAACAGCAGGUCAUUAACAAUGGCGGUCAACAGUUAUCCCAACAUCAACAGAUGUCGAUGAGCGGUGGCGGUGAUUUGAUAUCCCGAAAGCAGCAUUUAUUCGAUAUGUUGCACAACUCUUCCUCCUCAUCCUCGAACAAUAAACAAAUGGCAGCACCACAUCAUCAAGCGCACUUUGUUCCACUACAACCUCCUCAACCGCCACCACAUUCAAGCAAUUUCAUUAGAUCGAAUUCAUCCAAUCAACAGCAACAACAAAACUCUUUGGACAUGAUUUCAUUAAAAUCUCAAAACUCCAUCGAUUCCAUACUGUCGACAAAAAGUCCUCCUAUCAGAGAAUAUGCUGAGCUUGCCAACUAUCCCAAACGAGGAAUACCAAUGCCUCAAUCUGCACCGGGUUCCGCCACAAAGAAUGUCUCCAAAUAUCCCAGCGAUAGUGAGAGUAUAGCAUCGGGAAUUGCUGGUGGUGGGGCUGGUCUUUUUCUCUCCUCCAACAAUAAUGGUCCCCAUUCAAGACAUAUGCCUUUGUUUCCCUCCUUCACACAAUCCACACAUUCGGCCAUGAGACCAAUACGCCACUCUAGUCCUCUAACUUUACCCUCACCACCGCCGUUGCUUCAGGGCAGUGGUACCGGCGUGGGGGGUUCAUCUUCGGUCAACUCACACCCACAUCAUUUGGUAGACUCUUCCAUUGGCAUACCAACAUCAUCGGUGGAUAAAUUUGAAAUGGAUUACAUGCAGCAACAGCAGCAGCAACAACAGCACAAUCAACAUCAAACCCAUCCACAUUAUCUAAAUGAUUACCCGCCCAAUAUGCCCUCUCAUGCCGCCGGCUAUCAUCCCUCACCCGUUGGCGGUAUGCCCACAUCCUCGUCGGUGGGUCAAGGUGUAAUCUAUGAAGGUGGCACAUUUCCACGCAAAAAAGAUCAUCAACGCUUGCGUAUACCCUCGAAUCCAAGUGUAGCUAGUAAAAAUAGUGGUGUCAAAAAUAGUUCUGGGUCCAUUGAUCAUCACUACAACAGUACAUCGGGCCAAGCAACAGGUUCCUCCUUAAUGACAUCGUCAUCAAUGUCCCCAUAUGGCGGUGGUGUCGGCGUAACAAGUGGAGCCAUGGUAAGCUCUCAUCAUCAUCACCAUCACCAUUCGGCGUUGACAAAUGUAGCCGCCAAUGGCGGUAACAGUGGUCGAGGUUCACCCAUGCCUCAGGUUCAUGUUGAGGUACUUUCCCAUGGCGGCAGCAAACGCAAUUCCAAUGUGCCGUCGGAUUUUUUAUGCCCUGGAGAUCUUAGAAGAGUCACGAUUGAUAAGAGCGACAAGUCGCUCGGUAUUACAAUUCAAUGUAAUAACAAUGGAGGCGGUAUUUUUGUAUCAACUGUAGCCGACAAAAGUAUUGCCACUCGUGCUGGUCUUCAGGUGGGCGAUCAACUCUUAGAAGUUUGCGGCAUCAAUAUGCGCUCGGCUACAAAUGAUAUAGCAGCUAAUGUAUUGCGUCAAUGUGGCAAUUCCAUAACCAUGUUGGUGCAAUAUAAUCCAGAAAAAUUUCACUCAGCUGAAUAUGAAGGCACUCACAAUUUAGAACCUGAAUCUCCGGUUAAUCAUUCGGGAUCACCUACGCCACGUAACUCUCCGCGUCCCCCUUUACGGCCAAUGUUGGCAUCACUGCCACCCAUGCCCAUUGUUGCAAGCCAACAGCCAACGAAUGUAAUGACACAAAGUGCAAUAAUGCCACAAUCCACAUCGCUAAUAUCACAAAAGUCUAUUAAUGAUCAAAGUUUUGCCGAUAGUUUGGAAAAUCAAUCGGAUAUUAGUUCAAGCCAAGAUCUGCCGUCGUCAAAUGCGACAACAACCACAACGGCGUCCACAACAUCAACACUACCGUAUGAAGAGGAGCCACGUUAUGUCACCCUGCACAUGGAUAAAUCAAAAAAUCCAGGGAUAAAACUUUUCGGUGGCAAUAAAGUUGGUAUAUUUGUGCACGACGUACAUCCCGGCUCGCCAUCGGAUCGUGCCGGGGUGCGCAAAGGUGAUCAGAUACUUGAGUAUAAUGGUGUGGAUCUAAGAUGUGUUACGGCCGAGCAGGCGGCAAAUGAGAUCUCAAAAUUAACCGAUACUGUUACCAUGUUAGUGCAAAAUAAACUAAAAAAACUAAAACAAAUCAAAGACAAAUCGGGAGAUUCGUUUUACAUACGAGUGGGGUUUGAUCGCACUGGUGACUUGAACGAGGGUGAUUUGCGUUUUGUCAAAGAUGAAGUUCUCUAUGUAGAUAAUACUGUGUUCAAUGGGACCUUUGGUUUGUGGCGUGCUUGGAAACUUGAUUCUAAGGGAUAUCGUAAAGAGUGUGGUAUAAUACCUUCUCAAAUGAAAGUUGAAGAGGAAAUGCGUGCUGCUGAAGUGGUGGAAUGUGAAAGCGGCAGCACAGCACGUCGUGGUAGUACAUCAACACGCCGAUCGUUUUUUCGUCGGAAAAAACAUCAACGUAGCUCGUCGAGAGAUUCAACGGAAAUCGCUAGUUUCAGUAAUACACAAUUAAGUUACUUUCCUGACUCAGGCAUCCUUAAUGAUGAUGGUGGGAUUUUAAGUUAUCAAAGGGUGGAACGAUUAGAUUCGCCCGUUCGACGUCCCGUAUUAAUAAUUGGUCCCCUGUCUGAAUGUGUUAUGGAACGUUUGACCAUUGAUUUUUCCAAUUUAUUUAAAUUUUGCGAUGUCACUGUUAUGGAUUGCUCUCAGGAUGCUAUGGAAGAGGGUUUGCAGCAAAACAUCUUUGUUGAUUAUCGUCGGCGUGGCAAUAAAUUUGAAUGCACCACCAUUGAAACCAUAAAUAAUGCUUGUAAAAAUGAUCGUCGCCACUGUAUUCUAGAUAUUUCUAUUUCGGCCGUUGAACGUUUACAGCGUUUACAAAUCUAUCCAAUUGUCUUAUUGUUACGCUUCAAAUCGGCUAAACAAAUACGUGAAAUUCGUGACUUUGGUACUGAUAAAAUUUCCGCUAAGGCGGCUAAAGAAAUGUACGAGCGGGCACUCAAACUUGAAAGUGAUUAUAAACAGUAUAUAUCUGCUGUUAUUCCUGGUGUUAGCAUUAAACAUAUGUGUACGCAAAUAAAAGAUGCCGUUGAUAAGGAACAGGAUAAAAUUCUGUGGGUUCCAGUUUCUAAUAAUUGAAAAAUGUAUAUCUCCAACGGAUAAUACUAUGAAAUCAUAUAGUAUUAACUGUGCUCACUUUUUCGUGUAACGUCGUCUAUUUUUUUUAAAAAAUCUGCAUUGAGAACAACACGCACAUAUCAGCAAAAUAUAUUUGUUUAUGAUUUUUGUAGUUUAUUUUCUAAAAGUUAUUUAUUCAAUGUAAGAUUUUUAACACACACACACACAAACACAUACAACCACGACCAAUUUUAAGUAUUUUUGUUUCUGCUGUAGGAAAUUUUUGUAAACGUUAAAAAAAUUUGUGUAAUUCGUUUAGGUUUUGUAUUUUAAUACUUCUUUAAGCUUAUAUUUACUAAUAACUGCAAGUAUUCUUUUUUAUGUUAAUUGAUAUAUUUUUUGUGUUUGUUUUAGUUUAUCAUUUUUUGUGUUUUUUUUUUUGUUUUAUUUAGCUGUUGUUAUGAGCGAGGACAUACAAUUUAUGUGUUUGAAAACUUCAAUAUGACUCUAUCUCACACUACUAUCUAAGAAAUGGAACAUAUAAAAGAUCUUUUGCUGAUUAUAAAUCUAACGUUCAAACACAAUUGUUUUAAUCAAUUCACAAAACCUUAUUGCCUCGCUCAUAAAAAACACAAUUGUUGUGCGUUCUUUAAAAGCUUCUAAUAACAUUCUUCUUUAAGCUAAUAUAACGUUUCUUAUUUCAAACUAAACGCUUUAAUUGAAAAGUAUUUUCAUUUUAUUUAUAUGCAACUAUUUAAUUUGUUUUAAUUAUUUUAUUAAAUAUUAACAAGGAAACAAACACGCAACACUAUAAUGUCUAAAAAAUAGCAGAACAUUACACUGUGUUACAAUAUGUUUAACAUUUACAUUCUUGAGUACUAAGAUUCAUGGUUACACAUCUCAAAUUACAAAACUCUUUUUCGACCCUACGGAAAAUUUCGUAUAAAAACACAGUUUCAUGUUGGUGUUUAUAUAGUUAUUUUAAUUUUUUGCUUCCAUUUUAAGCUGCAAUGUAUUCUAUUUUAAGUUUAUAAUUUAUUUUUCUUUAUUAACUUCUGUUCUCUCGUCUUUUCUUCUGCCUUAAGAAAACAUCAAAUGCCUUUAUGCCAAUUACUAAUUACACAACUACUUAUGUAAAUUAAGUGCCUUCUAUUUUAUAUACAUAAAAAACAAAAUCUAAAGUAUAUACUACAUAUUUAACUACUUAUAUACAAACAUGUUUUUUUUUUCUAUUUUAAAAACAAUUGAAAAUUGUUACACGUUUUUGUAGAAUGUUUGUCAUUAGCUAAAGUAAAUUAUAUUAUUAAAAAAUAUAUACAUAAUUUUUUUAUAAAUAUUUUUCGUUAAA